GAUUAGCUUUGCCUGAUUUGUUCACCAUUUUUGAGUUACCGGAAAACUCAUUUCCUCCCUCCUCCUUUCCUCUACGUCUCUCCAAAAACAACAAAAAAGAAAGAAUCACAGUGAUCGGAAAUUGGACGAUGGAAAGCAUCGACUCGUUGGCCGGUCCCCCGCAGCCGAACUUACCGCCGGGGUUCCGAUUUCACCCCACCGACGAGGAGCUCGUCGUUCACUACCUCAAGAAGAAAGCCAAUUCUGCCCCGUUGCCGGUCGCCAUAAUCGCCGAGGUCGAUCUCUACAAGUUCGAUCCAUGGGAGCUUCCGGCCAAGGCUAGUUUUGGAGAACAGGAAUGGUAUUUCUUCACACCAAGGGAGAGGAAGUAUCCGAACGGAGCGCGGCCGAAUCGAGCAGCAACGUCGGGGUACUGGAAGGCGACGGGGACGGAUAAGCCGGUGUUGGCCUCGGGUGGAAGCAAUCAGAAAGUUGGAGUGAAGAAGGCGUUGGUGUUCUAUGGGGGAAAGCCACCUAAAGGGAUCAAGACCAGUUGGAUUAUGCAUGAAUAUAGGUUGGCUGAUAACAAACCCAAUAUCAACAAGCCUCCUGGCUAUGAUUUCCCCAACAAGAACUCCUUGAAGCUUGAUGAUUGGGUGUUAUGCCGAAUUUACAAGAAGAACAGCUCGCAUAAGGGGGGAAUGGAUGAGGAGAGGGAAGAUUCAUUGGCUGAGAUGAUGAUGGGAUCAAUACCCCAAUCAUCCAUGAGGCUCAAUCAUGAAUACCCAAAAUUGGGAAUGAAUUACCACCACACCACAUUCCUUCAAAAUGAUCCAAAUAUGGUUCGAGGAAUUAUGGGUGCCAACAACAAUGAUGCAGCAGGACUGGACAUUAACAACGCAGCCAAUUCAAAACAGGCACCCAAUUCCUUGUUCUGGGCCACGGAAGAACAAGAGGAAGAUCACUCAGGUAUUUCUUCCAAUAAAAGAUUGCAUUUUGACAACUCCACUUCCGGGGGUGCUUCUACUUCUUUUACAAGGACUACUCAUAGUAUUAUUGACAGCAAUCCCCAAAACUCUACCCUGCUCACCAACCUCCCUCAUCAAACUCCCCCGCCGCCUUCCAACAACCACCACCGCCACACUCUCUUUGCCUCCCUACCCGAUGGCCUCUUUCGACCCGCAUACCAAAUCCCGGAUGCAAAUUGGUACGCCUAGUUCGACUCAAUUCAAUCAAAUCCAACUCAACUCAAUCAGAUAUAAGAGACGGUACAUAAUUAAAAAAAAAAAAAAGAAACAAAAUAAUAAUUUAGAUUUGAAUAUAGGUACUGAGGUUUUGUUUGGUAGAAGGUAAUGUUAUUUAUAAUUUGAAAGAAGGGCAGUGUAUAGAUAUAGUGUUAUUUAUAAUUUUGCAUUGAAAGAUGAUGAAGAACAGUAAAAGGGUUUGAUUUUGUAGAGAGCAGUUAGUUAUGAUGAAUAAAUUUGAUUUAUAUGUUAAUUAGCAAUGGAAA